ACUCAAAAAACCAGUUUAUUUACUGAUCACAUUCAGUAAGAAUUUACGUCGCGCGCGGCAAAAGUAUACAAGCGCGUUGUAGAUCUUAUAGGAAUUCAUUGUUGGCGUAGUUUAAUUUUAUGUGUGUUAUAAAAGUUUUAAAUUACAAUUUUGUGUUAACAAUUACUAAACACGUUUAAUAUAUGAAUAGUUUAUUAACUAUUUAUUUACAUGUUGUAAAAAAACGUAUUUCAAAACCGAAGGUGUGUCUGUCGUAGGUUCGAAUUUCGAAUUGCGAGUGAACAUUGUUUGUGCAUUCACGUGAAAAGGAAAAUUGUUACGUGCAUACAAAGCCGCUAAAAAGAGAUGUUAGUUCAGUGUAAAAUAUUUCUAACUCAAUUGUUGCUUACUUGAAUGAUUAGUUCGUACUGACAUCGGUACGAGUUAUGAACUAAACAUGUGCAGAUAACUGGCUUGGUUGAACCAAAAAUCUUGAUGUUAUCUAGAAGGUUCUAUGAUAUUGGCUAACAUGUAGUCAUGGCCAGCGGCAAAGUACUAUAUUCUAUAGCCGUCGUAGUACUCGGUUUUAUCUGCUUUGUUUGUGGAGCGGUUGCAGUUGGUCUGCCAACCUGGGGUCAUUUUUAUAGCUUAGAGAAUCCGAACUUCGACCAAGGCUACUUCGGACCAUGGCGGGUUUGCAAGAGGCUGCUGUAUUACAGAGAGAAAUGCGGCACGGACGUCUCGAAGUUUCGACCGUCGACGGCAGUGUAUAUAUCAGGAGUUGUGGCGUCAGUCGGUGUGUCCGUCUUGGGAGUAUUUUGCAUACUGUCAGUACUGCAACUGGCCAUGAUAUCCUCGAAGGAGAAAGUUGGAUUCAAGUACACGCAUCUUGUGCUGACGAAGCUGGCUUUGGCACUUCUAGCAACGUUACUGUCUAUAGCAGCAGCCGGACUGUUCGCUGUGCAGGGCGAUGACAGGGGAUUUUAUCUCAUUAGAGGCGAAGCUUUCUAUGUGCAGAUAGUAAGCAUAGUGAUAAAUUCAGCGUUAUUUAUAAUGUCGUUGUACGACACGCUGUUUUCUCGGAGAGUUGGGGGUGAUCCGACGAAUCCCUUGGGGGAGGUGGAAGAUAGCACUACGAUUAAUAAUCCAGGAUUUAAAGAAGGACGAGGUAUAUCAAUGACAGAUGCCUCUGGGAAGCCGUACAGCACAAACGGUCAUGGAAGCGUUGCAUCCAUGAACACAACGGCGACAACGUUAACUGGUCUAUCUGACGCGAGUACAAUAACGAGGUCGCCCCUAAGAUCAUCGUUGAAGAAACCGAGGCCCAGAGAAGGUGAACCAGGGAGUAUGGGCAAGUGGAACCACGGUUACUCGAACAACUCACCGCCUCUCAAUAGAAAUGGAAGUCAGAAAAAGGUACGCAUACAAACGCAUAGCACUGAAGUUUAAUAGACUAUUGCUGUAUAUUUUUAUACAAAUAUUUUAAGACCGUCCCUAUAUAAACACCAUUUAUUACUGCUAGAGUAGUAUGUAAUGUGCGAAAGAGUUAGGUAUUAUGUAUACCUGCCAUUAUGCGUGAAAGAGAUGCAUUGAUUUUUGUUAAUAUUUAUUAUCCGCUGUGCGAUGAAGAUGAUUAUAGAUAACCGUACCGAUAUUAAUCAUGCUGUAUAAACAUAAAAUAUACAGCUGUUUUCAUGUAGUAGAAUGUAAGUUAUAUUAGCACAAUUCAUUGAUAUUAUUGCGUGGUAAGUAAAUAAUUACAUUUGGUUGACAUAUUUCACAUAAUGCAUAAGGUGGAAAAUCAUUUACAAAUUCAUCACUUAAAAUCUUAAUUAAUAAGAAAUAAAUAACUAACCUAAAAUGAUUAUUAUUAAUAUAUAAGAACAUUUUUAUACAAUUUCUAUAUAAUGAAAUCACAUUUAAACAAAAAUAUACAUAUGUCGUACUAAGAUAAUUUUACAAUAGAAAAAUUAGUCUAAUUAAUCUAAAUGAUUUAUAAAUACAUAUAUAAUAUACCCUGAAUUAUAUUUUGUAUCUGAAAACAGCCACAAAUUAAACUGCCAUUCAUAUCAUAUUGAUUUCACUUGAUUUGACCAAAAAUGGAUUUUGUAAUUUGUGUGUAUUAUAAAAUUAUAAUAUGCAGGUGUUAGGUAUAAAAAAGCAGAGUAUAUCCUUUCUUGGGGCUCAAGCUUGCUUAAUACGAAAUUUCAUCAAAAUCGGUUCAGCGGUUUAGCUGAGACAGCGUAACAUACAGACAAAGUUACUUUCGCAUUUAUAAUAUUAGUAUUUAUUGUUUCAAUCUAUAUUAUAUAUAUAUCUAUCUUAGUAUAUCUGUUUGAGAUUAGUAAGAACAAUGUUUGAUCGAUUACCAUGGAAGUUGUCACAUAUAUGUAUUUUCUUCUUGGAUGUUUUUAUAUUAUCAGCUUUGUUGUAACUCGCUGCUAAAUGGCACUGCAACUUCUAUACCACUCAAUUCCAUGACAUUUGGUGUAUAUACACAGGCUGACAUUACCUAUAUGCGUAUAUAUAUCAGCUGGUUAUAUUAUAAUAAUAUUCUACAUACAAAUAAAUUUUUAUUUACAAGCUUAAAUAUUAAACAAAAGUCUCCAAUAUACAAAUCAAUUGAGUGAUGAAUAAAAAAAAUGAAUUUUUCAUAUUGAUAUUAAUGUAAGAAUCUCAAUCAAUUAAGUUUAAAUAUGCUGGCUUCUUUUGCCUGCUCAGAGACUUUGAGACAAAUAUUGCGCACUAAAAAUAAGACAUUAUUAGUAUUAUUGUGUUACGGUUGGAAAGGUGAGUGAGUCAGAGUAACAAUAGGCACAAGUGAUAUGACAUGUUAGUUCCCAAGGUUGGUGGCGCAUUGAUGAUGUAAGGUUAAUAUUUCUUACACCGGCGAUCACCACUUACCAUCACGUGGCAUCUGCCCUAUCUAUAUUAUUAAAAAAAAAAACAUUAAUAUUAUAAAAUUAAAUACGUUUCUCAAAUGUCUUAAUCAUAUAUGUCUUCAUUAUCUUAAUAAAAAGAUGCAGGUAUUUGUUUCCAACGGCCCAUUUUAAUGAACCAAUUUAUGAUAUAUCAACGGAUAGGAUAGAAUAUAUUUCAAAAGUAAAGUGUUAUUUUUUUAAUGGAACAAAGUCAUCUAUUGAGACUUUCAUGUAGUUUUGGCCACACUUUUAAAAUAAAAACAGCCCUAUAUACAAAUUUUCUUAUAUAUACAAUAUUUUUACAUCUUUGUCUACAUUUAUUUUUUUAUAAUUAUAUUUAAGUUCAUAAAAAGAUCAUUUCUUUUAAAUUAUAUUCGCAAUAAAAUAUACUUUAAUUUUUAUAUAGGAUUUUAAUUGAUUAUUAAGUAGUGAAUUUUUUUUAUUGUAUCAGCACUCACAGCUUUUGUGUGUAAUAUUAUUAUAUUAAACUUGACUUUCCACUGCUUUUUGUCAUGAAAAAAUUUCAGUUAAGUAUCAAAAAUUAUUAUAAAGGCUAAAUUAUGUCAUGAAUGUAAUAUAUUUAUUUUGUAUUGUCACGACAUUAUAUUGAAAAUUUAAAAUUUAAUUCAAAUGUAGGAAAUAUCAUGUGACUGAAAACGUGCCACUAAUGUUUGUGUCGUCAUAAUGUUACAUAGAGCUAAAUUUAACAUUAUGACGUCACAUACCCUCGCAAACUCGUGGGUUCGUUAAGUUUCAAUUUAUUUGAUGUUUUCAUGUUAAUUAUAUAAAGUGGAAAGCCGGUUUGUUUAAGACAAUUAGUUUAAAUAAAGCACACAUUUAUUGUAUAUGUUGUUUGAACAUAGUUCUAAAUGUAUUUGUAUUACACAUGUUCAUAAAUAUAAGCACAAAGUGUUUAUUAUAAGAAAAAAAUAAAUAUUUUUACAUGUUUUCUAAUUGACUGUUUAUUUUUAUGGAAAAUGGAAUUUCUUUUAAAUUAAAUAUUAAUUAUGUUAACAUAUUCAUAAUAAAACAUGUAAAUAUUUAUGUGCCUAUCUAUAUUUGAGUUAUUUUAUAUCGGUUGUAGCCAUUGUAAUAACAAAACUUUAUAUCAAAAUAUGUUAUAAAAAAUGUCGGAAACAUUAAAAAUUAGGUAAUAUGGUGCGGUUGUUUUCGAUUAAAAUAUUGAUAUUUGCUCUUACUAUGCUUAAUGUAAACCAUUUAUUAGUAUCGCGUUGACGUUCAAAUUGAAUGCAAUAUAUAUAAGGAGUAAAGUUUAGUUAAUAAUUAUUAGAUUAUUGUAAAUACACGUUCAUAUUAUAAGAGAAACCCACCAGGCUCUUUCCAAGACCAUCACAUUAAUUUAGUUUAUAAUUAUUUUAGAGGGAACAAUAUUGUUUUUGCGAAAUAUUUAUUUUUUUAAUAAAAUUCGUGCCUUGGCCUUUAAUGUGUGCCUUGUCCAUUGCCUUCUCAAGUCAUUAUAAUAUUAUUUUGAGAAAGUGUUAAUUAUAAUUUAUUUACUUAUAUUCUCUAAAAUUUCCAUUAACUAGACAUAAAGAAAGAUAAAAUUUGUGUCUAUGAGGCAUAGACAAAACUUGGAAUUUAAUUUAGUAUAAAAUACUUUCAUAUCUUAAGUUAUUUAUCCGUCCAAAUUCUGGUCCUUGUUUAGUUGGAGACCUUAUUGUAAUGCUAUAGUGAUGUAAGAAAAAAAUGUGUAAAACAAGAAUUUUAUAAUUGUUAUUAUAUAUCGUUGGAAUUUUUUUGCAAAGCAAAUGUUUUUUUUUUCGCUUAAGUCUUAGAUGUGUUGGGUUAUGAAAUCAAAAAAAAAAACAAUCUGAAAUGUAUUAUUAUUUUAUUUGUUUUAUUUCGGAACCAAUAUUUUAAUUUAGUUUUUAUUUACUUGUAUGAUACUAAUCUCCGUCCGAUGUUUGACUACUUAAAUAUUUGUUUUAUUGACAUUUUUAAUUAGAUUAUUAUAAAUAAA